AUGCCUUGGGGCAUCCAGCGUCUAAACGCGCGAAAGUCGCAGCCCAACCCCAACAUCGUGUUCAUCAAGCCCCUUCCCGGAUCUACGGAGAAGACUGCACAAGACUUUUUGGAACGGAUCGCGGCACAAUGCGUGCCCGUCAUGCGAAAGCACAGCCUCUACGUCAUGACGCUGGAAGAGUACGAGCCCAACCUCGAGUUCGUCGGCCGCAACUUCAACGCCGGCGAGGUGAUCCAGCUGGUGCUGCGGUCGCCCCGCUCCGGACGCUGGCUGCCCUUCGAGUACGUCCAGAUGGUCAUGAUGCACGAGCUCGCGCACUGCAAGCAGAUGAACCACUCGCGCGCCUUCUGGGCCGUGCGCAACGGCUACGCCGCCGAGAUGCACGGCCUCUGGCGCGACGGCUACCGCGGCGAGGGCAUCUGGGGCCGCGGCGCGAGCCUCCGCACCGGCGAGUGGGCGCGCGACGCUGUCCGCCCCGACGAGGAGCCCCUGCCCGAGCACCUCUGCGGCGGGACGUACCGUUCGCGUGGCCGCAAGCGCAAGACGAAGCCGACUCUCACGUACCAGGAGCGAAAGGAGAGGAGGAUCCUCAAGAAGUUUGGGAAGAACGGCGUGGCCCUGGGCGCCGACGAGGAGGCAAAGGUCAAGCUGGAAAAGGGCAAGCGGAUACAGGCCAAGCCCAGGGUAGCUGGCAGCGCACGGGGCCGCGAACUUCGCGCCGCGGCCGCGUUGGCUCGGUUCGAGCAGCAGAAGGAGGAAAAGAUGGAUCUGAAGCAGGAAGAUGGCGAUGGCGAAGAGACUGAAUCCGGCAGCGAGAGCGAGUACGAGGACGGUGACGCCGGAGAUCUGGACUCUAAAGACGCGUUGGAUGUGGACGGCAGUCGACUUACGGACAGCAAAGGCCGGGGCAUGGUGCGGGUCUGCGAAGACGAGGACACAAACGACCCGGAUGCCAGGAAUGAGCUGGACGAACUACGUGACGUCUUCAAACACACAAGGAUAAAGCGGGAGUCUCCUGGGCCGAACCCAAUGGACCCGCGGGUUUGGACAGAGCUGAGGGGUGAUGGUCAUGAACCUCAACCAGCACCAUCCAGGCGUAUCAAAGACGAGCCUGCAGAGGAGACCAGCAUCGCAUCACUCCCCAAGGCGCCGACCCGGACAACAGACUUACAAGCAACUCGCAUAAAGGCGGAACCACACUCCGAGGAAACUACAAAACCGUCGGCCAAACCUCACCCCAGAGGCAUCUCUCAAAGCACAGAAGCACCUUCAGAAGCACCUUCUGAAGCACCUUCGACAUCGGCAUGCUCCAUGUGCUCUUUUGACAACCCCACGCUGGCUGUGACGUGCGGCAUGUGCGGCAAUGUCCUGGAUCCGGCAAACACGCGCGAUUCUUGGCGGUGUCGCAGGUCCAGUGCCUGCAUGGAGAGCGCAUACGUGAACUCUGGCGACUGUGGCGUGUGCGGGUUGUGUGGGCAAAAGCGGGCAAGCGAGUAA